AUGGGGCACGGAGGGGGCGGGGACGACUUCAGGGAGCCAGUCCUAAUUGUGGCAGGAUGGAAUGUCCCCCCCAUGCUGGCGCACUUGGCGCCUGUCCUAAAAUGCUCAGAGGAUGUUGCUGAGCAAAGGCCGCGUGUUGCAUAUCUAUGCCGGAGGCACGCUCUGCGGGAAGCAGAGAAAGCAGAUCCAGCUAAUAUUGAAAGAGGUGUUGUCCAAUUCAAACAGACGCUAAAAAACAGAUGCGAUGAGGAUGAGGGGUCCACAUUGGAGGCAAGAGUUAGGAACUCAGAUAAGGGGGAGCUGGAGCACUUCAUCAUGGAGUAUGCAGAGCUCUGCAACCUUCAUGCUGACGGACUUCAGCAGCAUUCAGCAAAGGACAGGGCUCAACUCCGUGAGUUGCAUGGCACCACAAGUGUGCUCUUUGAGGUGCUCACGUCUGUUGCGGAAGAAGUUGGGCAGAGGGUCCCUUCAGAGAUUGUCGAGAUGGGACACAAGAUUGCUGCCCGGGACCCCAGCCUUCGACCGUUCAACAUCCUCCCCUUGGAUCCGCUUGCACCAGGAUCGCAGGAGACUUUCAAAAUGUUGCCUGAGAUCAAGGCGGCAAUGCUGGCCCUCCGGAACACGAAUGGCAUGCAGUACCCGGGGGCGGUGGAGAGCAAGCUCAACUCGGAGUGGGAUCACUUCGACUUUCUGCAAGCGUUGUUUGGCUUCCAGAUUGAUAACAUCAGGAACCAGCGGGAGGCCGUCAUCCUGCAGCUAGCCGCUGCGCACCUCAGGUUGAAAGACGGCCCAAAGACCCAGUCGGAGCUGGACCCCCUUGCCAUCAUCCAAGUUGCGGACCGAGUAUUCGAGAACUACCGGGGCUGGUGCAAGUACCACACAAAGAAGCCGAGCGUGCCCCCCUCGACGCCAGAGAAUGCGCAGCUGCUGACGGUGCAGAUCGCGCUCUGGCUCUCCAUCUGGGGGGAGGCGGCCAACAUCCGCUUCAUGCCUGAGUGCCUCGCCUACAUUUUCCACUUCCUGGCGGCAGAGUGCGCUGAGGUGGUAAAGGGCACGAAGAAACCCGACGCGAACGUCAGCCGCGUGUUCCUGCGUGACGUCAUCCAGCCGCUGUACGACAUCGUGCGGGCGUCAGCGCUCAAGAACAGCGCCGGCCACUGCCCCAACGAGAACUGGAACAACUACGACGACUUCAACGAGUUCUUCUGGACGUCCCAGUGCUUCAAGCUGGGCUGGCCCUUGGUGGAACCCAAGGCAGCCUUUGAGAGCCAGGACUCCUUCUUCUCGGGCCAGAUCCCGAUGAGCGCGCUCCCUAUCUCCGCCAAGUCGAAGAAGAAGAAGGUGGCGGACGCAGUCGAGCCCGCUGAGCUGUCCGAACUGAACGCGAAGAAGGUGGUGCCGACGCGCCUGCAGAAGGUGUACGCCAACUGCGGCAAGCAGCUGUUCAUCGAGAAGCGGUCCUGGUUCCAGAUCGUGAGGGUGUUUGACCGGCUGGUCAUCUUCCACGUCAUGGCGUUCCAGGCAAUGAUCUUCAUCGGCGUCAGGGAGUAUCCCUUGGGCGACAACCGCACCAUCCACAAGAUCCUGACCGUCUUCAUCACGGCCGCCAUUUUCCGGGUCAUCCAAGCCAUUGGAGACAUCUGGGCCCACUGGGGCAUCCUCUUGAGGGUUCCCAAGACGUGGCUUCUCCGCCUGUGGCUCAAGCUCGUGGCGUCAUUCGCCUGGUUGGGAGCCCUGGGCUACACCUUCAUGAACACCAAGGAUGCGGACCAGCUCAAGAUGAUCAACCUGUACCGCCUCGCGUGCGCCGCGUACCUCGCGCCCACUCUGCUGACGGCCGUCGUGACGCUUGCCCCCGGCAUGGCGCGGCGCAUGGAGAGCUCGGACAACAUUUUGCUGACCGCUAUCUGGUGGUGGGCCAAGCCGCGGUCCUACAUCGGGCGUGGCAUGCAGGAGAAGUUCAGCACGGUCUGCAAGUACGUGCUCUUCUGGCUGUGCGCCUUCACCGUCAAGUUCGCGUUCAGCUACCGUUACCAGGUGCUGCCGCUGAUCGGAAACUCGCGGCCGCUCUGGGACACGUGCAUCCACUACGAGACGUGGGACAUCUUCCCCGGCUGCCGGAACUACCUGGGCCACGCGGCGCUUUGGGGGCCCAUCGCCCUGGUGUACUUCCUGGACAUGACCGUCUGGUACUUCGUCAUCUCGGCGCUGACGGGAGGCCUUGUCGGCGCGCGCGGCAGGCACCACGAGAUCCGCACCUUCUCCGUGGUCCGCCAGCGCUUCAACACGCUGCCCGCUAAGCUGCAAGAGAAGCUCAUCCCCAACGACCUGCUCAAGACGGCGGCCGACAACGGGCCCAUGACGCCCCUCCCCCGCUUCGAGAGCCUCACCGCGGCCGCCAUGUCGCAGGCGAUCGACGAAGUGAACGCGGAGAGCAAGGCUGAGGGCAGCAAGGAUGCGGCGGCGAAAGGAAAGAAGCGAAGAACGUCAGCGGCUUCCAAGAAGGAGACUCUGGAGGCCAUCCCGGAGUCCCGCCUCAAGGUCACAGAGACGCCCCCCACCGAGUACCUCCGCUCCGCCAUCUUCGCGCAAGUCUGGAAUGACGUCAUCUCCAGCAUGCGGGAGGAGGACAUCAUCAGCAACCAGGAGAUGCUGAUGCUCCAGGUGCCCUACGCGUCCGGCAUCAUGCCGGUCAUCCAGUGGCCCGUGUUCCUGCUGGCCGGCAAGAUCAACUCCGCGGUCCAGCACGCCGCGCACCACAAGGGCGAGGACAGAGAGCUGUGGGAGCAGCUGUCGCAGGACGAGCUCAUGCGCUGCGCGGUCAUCGAAGCGUACAACGCGCUGCGUAUCCUGCUCAAGGCGCUCGUCUCAGGGCAGGCGGAGCUGAGGGUGUUGCAAGCGCUGUUCGACAUCAUCGACAACUCGGUCGCGGACGGCACGUUCAUGAGCACGUGCCAGACGGGCAUGGUGCCCAAGCUGCUGCACAAGGUGGUCGAGCUGGUGAAGCUUAUCUCGGGCCCCGCGAAGCACGACAAGCAGCCGGACGUGGUCCAAAAGAUGCAGGACGUGUACGAGGUCCUGCUGCACGACCUCAUCAGCACCAAGAUCAGAGAGGACCUCCAGAAGUCAGGCGUGCUCAACGGCGCCAACGGCAUGGAGCUGUGGGCGUGCGCGGACCCGCUCCCCGAGAUUGAGUACCCACCCAAGGAUCUCACACCCUUCCUGGAGCAGGCCAAGCGGCUGUACGUGCUGCUGACAGCUGUCCCCGGCAACGCAAACGAGCCGUCCAACGACGAAGCCAGGCGGCGCAUCAUUUGGUUCACCAACAGCCUGUUCAUGGACAUGCCCAGCCCGCCGCCCGUGCGCAAGAUGGUGCCCUUCACCACGCUGACUCCCAUGCACAAGGAGGAGAUCAUCUACACCAUGAGCCAGCUCAAGAAGGAGAACGAAGAGGGCCUCUCCAUCAUCUUCUACCUCCAGAACGUGUACCCCGACGAGUGGCAGAACUUUUUGGAGCGCACCAAGAUGGAUGAGGACGAGGCGUGGAGCAAGAACAAGGGCAUGGAGCUGCGCCUCUGGGCGUCGUGCCGCGGGCAGACGCUCGCGCGCACGGUGCGCGGCAUGAUGUACUACGUGCGCGCGCUGGAGCUGCAGGCGUUCUUCGACCUCGCCAGCCAAGUCGGUGAGUGGGAACCUGUUUUGGAGCGCGUUGUGCGAGAGUUGAGCAAAGGCUUCCCCGCGUUCAAGGGCGCCAACGCCGGCUCCGUCCAGGCCGACAAGUGGCAGACCAUCCAGGCCAUCAUCCGGACCAAGUUCACGCACGUCGUGUCCUGCCAGACGUACGGACAGGAGAAGCGGACGGCCGACCCCCGCGUUGCGGACAUCCAUGAGUUGCUCAAGAGGUACCCCUUCCUCCGCGUUGCCUAUGAAGACGAGGUGCCCCUGCCCGCUUACAACAGCGUUGGGAAGCACCUCAAGAAGGUCUACUCAGUGCUGAUGAAGUGGGAGAACGGCAAGGAGGAGGAGGUCUACCGGGUGCAGCUCCCGGGGCCCAUGCGGAUUGGCGAGGGCAAGCCCGAGAACCAGAAUCACGCGCUUAUCUUCACCAGGGGAGACGGCGUGCAGGCGAUCGAUAUGAAUCAGGACUGCAACCUCGAGGAGGCGUUCAAGAUGCGCAACCUGCUGGAGGAGCUGGACAUCACCGCGGGGCGCGGCCGCGACGGCCCGCACCGCGCGGUCAUCGGCUUCCGCGAGUACAUCUUCACCGGCUCCGUCUCCAGCCUCGCUUACUUCAUGAGCCUCCAGGAGAUGAGCUUCGUGACGUUGGCACAGCGCGUCAUGGCGACGCCGCUGCGCGUCAGGAUGCACUACGGGCACCCGGAUAUCUUCGACCGCCUGUUCUCGAUCACCCGCGGCGGCAUGAGCAAGGGAUCCAAGGGGAUCAACGUGUCGGAAGACGUGUUCGCCGGCUUCAACAUGACGCUCCGUGGCGGCACCAUCACGCACCACGAGUACAUCCAGGUGGGCAAGGGCCGUGACGUCGGCUUCGAUCAGCUGGCCAAGUUCGAGGCCAAGGUGGCGUGCGGGCUGGGCGAGCAGGUCACCACGCGCGACAUGUACCGCCUCGCGCACCGCUUCGACUUCUUCCGCAUGCUCAGCUACUACUACACCGGCGUCGGCUUCUACAUCAACUCCACGCUGCUGAUCAUCGUGCUGUACGCGCUGCUGUACUCGCGGCUGCUGCUGGCGAUGACGGGCCUGGAGGAGGAGCUGUACCUGCAGAACCAGAAGAUCGUCACCAGCCAGAGCGCCGAGUGGCUCCUGCAGAUCUCCAUGCUCACCACCAUGCCCAUGCUCGUCGAGCUCUCGCUCGCCAAGGGCUUCUUCCAAGCGAUCAUCGAGUUCAUCCAGCUCCAGUUCCAGCUGUCCUCGCUCUACUUCUCGUUCCACAUCGGCACCAAGAUGCACUACUUCGGCCGCACGCUCAACCACGGCGGCGCCAUGUACCGCGGCACCGGCCGCGGCUUCUCCGUCAAGCACAUCAGCUUCGCGGAGAUCUACCGCACCUACAGCCGCAGCCACUUCGUGAAGGCGUUUGAGUUCAUCUUCCUGCUCAUCCUGUACCGCGUGUGGGGCGAGGUCAGCGGCUACGGGCUGGUCACCUUUGCGGUGUGGCUCAUGUCCGUGUCGUGGCUCCUGGCGCCCUUCAUCUUCAACCCGUCCGGCUUCGUCUGGGCUAGGGUCGUUGAGGACUACAGAGACGCGCUCAAGUGGAUGAACACGCCCGGGACCCUGGGCCACGACUCCAACACCAGCUGGGAAGUCUGGUGGGAAGAAGAGCAGGAGCUGCUGGAGACGACGAGCUGGAGCGGGCGCGUGCUGGAGGUGUUUAUGAACCUGCGCUGGUUCUGGCUGCAGUACGGCCUUGUGUACCGCAUGCAGGUCGCCACCGCGGGCAGCAACCGCUGGAUCGUCUACGCCGAAUCAUGGGCCGCCAUCCUCAUCUUCCUCUGCCUCUGCAAGAUUUUGGCGAGCGUGGGCAAGGGCGGCGCGGACGACAAGGUGGACGACAAGUCGGGCGAGGUGCGCAGCCGCAAGAGCAACUGGGUGCGCAUCUGGAAGGUGGUUGCGUUCCUGGCCAGCAUUGGGAUCAUCGUGUACGUGUCGCUCGUGUGGGAGAAGUUCAGCGACCUCGUCAUCAUGCUGCUCGUGCUCUGCACCACCUCCUGGGGGCUGCUCAACACGCUGAUCGCUCUUCGGCCGAUCGUCAAAUGGGCCGGCCUUUGGGAUUCCCUCCGCGAGCUUGCCAAGGGCUACGAGUACUUCAUGCUCCUCAUCACCUUCAUGCCAGUCGGCAUCCUGGCGUGGAUCCCGUCAUUCGCAGUCUUGCAGACCCAGAUCCUGUAUAGCCACGCACUCAACAGGGGAGUCAUGAUCUCUAAGGUCUUCGACCUGUAUGGUCGACACAAGGACAAGCCGAAGGAGUAG